CUGCAGUCUCUGGUCAUCCCCUGUACUGUGUCUGCAGUCUCUGGUCAUCCCCUAUACUGUGUCCGCAGUCUCUGGUCAUCCCCUAUACCAGUGAUGGCGAACCUUUUUGAGCCCGAGUGCCCAAACUGCAACCCAAAACCAACUUAUUUCUUUCAAAUCUCUGGUCAUCUCCUGUACUGUCUAAGCAGUCUCUGGUCAUCUCCUGUACGGUGUCCGCAGUCUCUGGUCAUCUCAUGUACUAUGUCUGCAGUCUCUGGUCAUCUCAUGUACUGUGUCCGCAGUCUCUGGUCAUCUCCUGUACUGUCUAAGCAGUCUCUGGUCAUCUCCUGUACGGUGUCCGCAGUCUCUGGUCAUCUCAUGUACUAUGUCUGCAGU